AUGCACCCAUACUACAUCUUUAAGGACCUUAUUACAAUCUUCCUAUUCUUUAUUGCUCUAGCAACACUAGUUAUGUACGCACCUAACCUGCUAGGACACAGUGACAACUACAUUCCGGCCAACCCUAUGCAAACACCACCAUCGAUCGUGCCUGAAUGGUAUCUACUACCUUUCUACGCUAUCCUUCGAUCUAUUCCUAACAAGCUUCUAGGAGUAGUUGGAAUGCUGGGUGCUCUACUGAUCCUUCUAGCAAUGCCACUACUAGACGACGGUCGAGGUCGAGGUGACGUUCACCGACCAGCUUCACGAGUUGCAUUCUGGGUAUUCGUAGGAAUCUUCUUCCUACUAAUGUACCUAGGAUCACAACACGCGGAAGAACCAUACAUUACUGUUGGAUCAAUUGCUACAGCAGCCUACUUUGGUUGGUUCGUAGUACUUCUUCCAAUUAUUGGUAUGAUGGAAAACUCAUCAUUUGACGGUACAAACGCACCUGCUUCAUCUCAAGCAGUCUAA